AUGCAGGUAUCAUUGGAGGAUACUAACACUACUGAAGUUAUUGACCGGUGUGAUUUAUCGAAAUCUUUUCGAGAAGACUCAGGACAAGAAACCUGCGAUGAAGAUGGGAAAGAAGCAGAAAAGCAACAUGUGGAUUUUAUUGGUGCUGAAGAUUUCACCGAAAAAGAUUUUGAAGCUUUAAAACAAUAUGGUGUUUAUCCAUCAUAUGUCGAAGUGAUCCAAUGUGAUAAGGAUCCAGAGCUAAGGGCGAUAAUGGAUUCCCUACAGAAGACCACCAGUGAGAAAGUGGAUGAAGUGAUUGAUUCCGAUGGAUCGGAUUCUGAAAUCGAUUUCUUAUUGAGAAGUGGUACCGUAUUACUCGCAAAUGAAAGACAGAAGACAAAAAACUACAAAUCAUACACAUACAAUAAUUCCACACACAGUGCUAAGAGUGGGAAUGCGCAGGAGUACGACUAUAUUGAGACAGAUCAUAGUGAAGAUGAUGCAGAAAAGGAAGAAUUCAAGGAAGGCAAGGAAAUGACACCUUGUUCUGCGUCACAAAUUAAAUGCAGAAAAGUUUAUGAUAGUGGUAUAAGCACUGAUGAGCCGAAGCAAAGUGCUACUAUGAGUGAGAAUAAGUUAGCAUACAAUUCAGACAUUUCCACUUGCGUCAAACGAGAAACUUUAAAUGAUGAUGACAUACCAAAAAUGAGUGAGAAUCUCAGAAAAGAUCGUCUUCUAAGCAAGCGUUUAGUGUUAAGUGAUAGCGAAGUGGAAUCAACCGAUGGUGAUAAGGAGGAAAAAAAAGCGAAAGAAGACAUCAAAGGUGUUGAAGAGGAUAGAAUAAAAGAAAAUAGAAAGAGAAAACAAAUACAUUCUUCGGAUUCGGAAGCUUCUUUUAAUUCUCUGGAAUCGGAUGGUGUUGAUAGUAUGAUCUCUGAAAUAAUUGAUACUGAUAGUAGUGUUGAGCUGCCCAGUUCGAUUGAUGAGAAUAGUGGUAAAACAUCGCGUAAAGGCAGGAACACGCGUUCAAAAUUGAUACGAAAGCGUGUUCGCAUUGAUGAUGAUGAUGAUGGUGAUGAGGAUGAUGACAACAUAUCAGAAGAUGAAGAAAAUGAUGAAAUGGACAAAAAGUUGUCAAACAAGAGAGGCGCUCGGAAAAUUAUGACUAAAGAGCAAUUACAAAAGGAUACUAUCGAUGCUGAAUUUGCAGAAAAAGAGCGAAGGAAACGUUUGGAAGCAAAACAAAAAGAGUUCAAUGGAAUUGAAUUGGCUGAUGGACCUGACUUGGCAACUGCGUUAAGUUCUUCAUCACAAAUCACAAAACACCAACGUUUGAAAAGUGUUGUCCUCGAUCCUGAUAAAAAAAGCAGUCCACCAUGUCCAGUAUCCGUACAUCCAUCAUUGGUCACUUUCUUGAAGCCACAUCAAGCUAAGGGUAUCCAAUUUUUAUAUGAUAGUUCCAUCGAAUCAUUGGAACGAUUGGAUCAAGAUGGCGGUGGUGGUAUCCUUGCUCAUUGCAUGGGCUUGGGUAAAACGUUACAGGUGAUCGCUUUCCUACACACUGUAAUGAUGCACUCAAAGUUACGUGAUUAUAUCAAACGUAUCUUAAUUAUUGUGCCGAAAAAUGUCGUAUUAAAUUGGUACAAUGAAUUCGAGAAAUGGCUUGAUAAUGAAAAUAUCGACAGAGAUUUGGCCACGAUUAAUGUUAUUGUUAUGGAAUUGGAUUCCUUAAAAGACUACACUAGCAGACGGUUAGCUUUACAAAACUGGUUCGAAAAUGACGAACCAUCUGUAAUGAUCAUUGGUUAUGACAUGUUUAGGAUCUUAACACAAGCCGAUGAGGAUAAGGGUAAGAAAAGAAUUGAUGGAAUGAAGAAAACGAAGAAUAAAAGAUUGGCUAAAUUGCAGCCAGAUUUUCGGAAGUUCCUUCAAGAUCCCGGCCCAGAUUUGAUUAUUUGUGACGAGGCUCAUAAAUUGAAAAAUGACGAUUCAGCUCUUGCAAAGACCAUGCUAAAAAUUCGUACAAAACGACGAUUGUGUUUGACCGGCACACCACUUCAGAAUAAUCUUAUGGAAUAUCAUUGCAUGGUAAAUUUUGUCAAACCAGGGUUACUGGGUACCAAAGCAGAAUUUGCAAAUCGUUUCGCAAAUAUCAUUAAUCGUGGUAGAACUAAAGAUGCAACAGCAGUAGAAGUUCGUCGUAUGAAGAAGCGUUGUCACGUUCUAUAUGAACAUCUUAAAAAUGUUGUCGAUCGUAAGGAUUACCGAGUAUUGACAGAAGCUAUUCCUCCGAAACAAGAAUAUGUGGUAAAUGUUCGUUUGACACCUAGGCAGAUAUCGCUUUACCGUGCAUUUCUUGAUAGUAUUGGUCCAGAAGGUAUCCUAUUAAGCAGGCGACUGCUUCCCGACUAUCAUGUGCUGUCACGUAUUUGGACUCAUCCGUACCAACUUGUUGCUCAUCAAAUUGAACUUGAGAAAAAGCGUCUUUGGGAGGAUGAUAGGGAUGAAAUGGCGGAUUUCAUAGACGACGAUGAAAGCGAAACACUAUCGGAAGUUGAUUCAGACGAUGAUAUUAUUCCUUUAGAUAACAAUGAUCAGCCUGAAACAAGCAGUAAACCAGCGGUAUCAGCGCGGAAGUCACGUCGACUGGCUGGUCAAGAUGCAGAGGACGGAAAGGAAAUUAUGCCGGAAUAUGAAGGAUGGUUUGCUAAAACAGGUCUAGUCACGGAAGCGGACCGAAACGAUUUUUCGCUUAGUAAUAAACUCAUGUUGCUGGUUGAAAUUAUUAAAAAAAGUGAAGAAAUUGGGGAUAAAUUGUUAGUAUUCUCACAAAGUAUUGAAUCAAUUUCGUUAAUUAAACGGAUGUUGCAAUAUAUGGAUGAGAAUGGUGUGUGGUUUACGGAUGGCCAUGAAGCAAUGAAAGCUGCAAAUGAAACUUGGGGUUGGAAAGAAGGCCGCGAUUAUAUGGUGAUUGAUGGACAAGUACAAACCAGCAAACGACAUGAAAUACAAACAAAAUUCAAUGAUCCAAAUAAUUUACGUUCCCGUUUGAUGCUUAUUUCUACACGUGCUGGUUCAUUGGGGACCAAUAUGGUUGCUGCAAAUCGAGUUGUUAUCUUUGACGCUUGCUGGAAUCCAUCACAUGACACACAGUCUUUGUUUCGUGUUUAUAGAUUUGGACAGACAAAACCCGUGUACAUCUAUCGAUUCAUUGCGCAGGGAACAAUGGAAGAGCGAAUUUACAAACGUCAAGUUACCAAAGAGUCGACAUCGAUGCGUGUUGUGGAUGAGGCCCAAAUUGAACGACAUUUUGCUGGUCAUGACUUACUGGAAUUGUACAAAUUUGAUCCAGAUGAAUUAAACGAUACGCAAAACGCAGCAAAAAGGCCGUUAAUGGCACCGCCAAAAGAUCGCUUAUUGGCGGAUAUCAUUUUAUCGCACAGUGACUGCAUUGUGGAUUACAUCCAGCAUGAUUCUUUAUUCAAGAAUUUGGAGGAAGAAAAACUUACCGAGCAGGAAUGUAAAGAAGCUUGGGAAGAUUACGAACGAGAGAAGGUGAAUCCGACCAGAGGAGUGUAUGGCAAUUUAAUGGAGCAAACACAGGCGAACAUGGUUUUAUUACAUGAACAAGCUAACGCAACUGAAGCUUUGCAACCAAUUUUUGCCGAUCCAGUUUAUAUGGCAGCAUUUCAGUUGAGAGCUAUGGAUAGUAAUACAGCUCAGAAAGUCACUUUUAUUAAAAGAAGUCUGGAUGCAUUAUUGCCAAAGAUUCCAGUUCAAUUACGUAGUGGAGUAAAUGAAUUUACGACUUAUUUUUUGGCCAUGAUAAACGAAGGAUUGAAGGCAGGCGAAAAUGGGACUUGGUUAUACAAUAAAACAGUUGGUGUUUUUCGAACGGUUGUUGCGAUUGUGAAAAACGAACCGCAGUGUAUACCUGUGCUUCAAUAUCUUUAUCAUACUGCACCGCAGAUAUUCGACCCAAAUGAAUCUGGUGCUCUUUAUAUGUAA